GAGACGUGCAAAUAAAGUCAGCCAUAAACCUGAGAUCGGUGGCAUUUCUCUCCGGUCGGCCGGUGAGAGUGAACUGCAGCGCUGGAUGGUCGAAGUUUAAAUGAAAGCAUCGCGUCUGUCGCAUUUAAAUAUUUCGAGAUACAGCUAUGGAGUGCAUCAAAAACUGCUGCAAGACCCUCAUGAAGAAGAAAGGGCAGGAGCAGGAGACCCCGGUGAUUGCACUGAAGAUGCCUCCAAACAAAGCAGCAGGCCCAGGACAGAAACUGGCUGAAGAUUACCUACUUUCCAAACUGCCCCCAGACGGCAGAGAGGUGCCCUUUGUCAUCCCGUCCUUCAAGGCUUCCUACAUCCAACCCAGCUACCCUAAUCUGCAGGCCGAGCCGCAGAGUUCAGCCCGGUGCACAUACGCAGCAAGGAAGGCGGAACUGGCGGGCACCACUCCCUUCAUCUACUACCCCGAGUCCUUCUUCCACCAGGGUCGCGUGGCAGAGCACAUCUCCCCCGGCUCGACCCGCCGAGACUCACUGAAGAAGAGAGACUUUGGUCCGCAAAGCCCAGGUUGGAAUCUGAAGUUGGGUGGCCAAGAGCGACUGAGCAGCUCCAUGUUUGAUUUGUCCAGCCCCCAGGGUCACACGCAGCGCUUUGAGUCCGUCAGCAGUGCAUCCUCCAAGAUGAGCUCCAUGGCAAGCAGCCUGGACUCUAUCACCUUGUCUGGGGAUGAGCGUGAGCUGGGAAAGGUGUGCAUCCAGCUGAACUAUCAGGAGGCUCUGGAGCAGGUGUGGAUCACCCUGGUUCAGUGCUCAGACCUCAACCUUAGUCUGGAUGCAGGGGAACAGCAAAAGAUUGGUUUCAAAGCAAUCAUCACCACCCCCAAACCUAUACAGUUUAAGAGCUCAAUCAAAGAGUACUGUCAGGAUGUGUCCUUCAUGGAGACCUUUGUGUUUGCGCUGCGUCUCCAGCAGUUGCGCUGCAGCGCCUUGGUGCUGCGGCUGCAGUCACACAACCCCAAAAAACGUACGGUGGCAGAGUGUGUUCUUUCCCUGCGACAUCUCGGUUCUCAGGAGGCAGAACACUGGCUUGAACUCAACCCUCCAUCCAAAUCUUCGGUAUGUCACUCUGAGCUGCAUCUUAGUACCUGCUUUCAGCCGGUGAAUGGACGCAUCCAGGUCCAGGUCCUUGCUGCUCAAAACCUCCCAGCAUCUUUGUCACCGCUCACUCAGUCUUUUUUUGUCAAAGUGGAGAUGCACCAGAUGGGGCAGGUGGUGAUGAAGAAGAAGACUCGGGCACUCAAGGUCUCAGGAGGUCAGUGUCAGUGGACGGAGACAUUUCACUUCCUCCUAACCACCUUAGACCAUGUCUACUCACUGUCAGUCAAACUCUACAGUCGCAGCUCAGUCAGGAGGAAACAGUGUCUCGGACAGAUUCAGCUGGGAUUUAAUAGCCCUGUCCCAGAGGCUGUGGAGCAGUGGAAGGACACGAUGGCUCACCCAGAGAAAGUGGUGGCCGCGUGGCACAGGCUGAGUUCUUCCUAAACCUCUUCUCUUACCUGCCUCUUUACGCACUACUGAUGUAAUGCUCUCAUGGUGCACAUCAGGUUGUGACUGCUUACUUUUCCAGUUGGCCAGCCACAAUUCUGUACGUUGACUAAGCCAGCUCUGAUUUACUGGACUGUAAACUGCUGAACGUGCUCUGAAUGCAUCGGGAAAUUUCCGCAGAGACAGUUCAUGUGUUCAGUGAUUAGUUGUAAAUAGUGGUUUCGAACAAAGUGUAGAUGUUCAAAAGGCUAAAUGAAGGAUUUUUCAUAAAAACAGUAGAGCAUUUCGCUGUACAUAAUGCUGUUUUCUGUAAAUUACAUGACUUAGAAGUAGAACUGCUUUAUCAGUCUGUUUCAAUUUACAUAGAAGGUUUACAAGAAGGAAAAAGGUGAUCAGAAAACCAAAUUUACUUAAGUGGUCUAUUAUAGUUUUAGUCUAUAAAGAAGAUUCAUCUAAUAGAUUAAGGUUGGUGGUAUUCUGUAUUUUUCAAACCCAUAAAAAGUCUGCUCCUAAAUUCUUUUGCUGAACAUGUAAAUUGUUAAAAAGGCCCAAAUAUUUAGUGUCAUCUGUCAUUUUAAAAGCAAAGCUUUAUUGGCUUUAACCAACAUGACAAUAGCAUCACAGAAUGAAGUUUCCUGCAUCUAGCUACCAAAGUGCAAUGUUAGAUUUAUAAAAUAAUAAGAAUACAAAAAAACAAAAAAGUAAUUUGGGUUGGAGAACAAUUCCUGAAGGCCACUUGAAGAAAUUACAAGAAAGCUGCUUAUGAGAGUUCAGGCUGUGGUGAAGAAUAAAGAUGGCCAUACCAAAUAUUGAUUUUAAAGCUUUGCCUUAUAUACUGUAGUGACAGAGUAAAUACAGACACAAAGGAGUGAACUGCAUAAGGUUUUGGUUACAUAAAGAAUACUUACUAGUAAGAUUGGCUACUAAGUAUGUGUAAAAUGUGAGCUAGAACGUUUUCCUUUACCUUAAUUUAACUUUACGGGAUGUCAUGUUACUGGAAAACGCAGCAUCUUAUGUAUCAAACAUUAGCUGUGUGCUUUUGAUAAAAGCCCUUUUUUAUAUAUUGAAUGUAAAAAAUGUUUAGUGUAAUAAAAAGUUUAUAUUGUUUUAAAAUGUGUUUAUUGAAAGAAUGAAGAGUGAGGAUGGUGCAAAUAGGUUUUGUUUUUCAAGUGCCAUAUAGAAAGGAAAAAGACCAUACUACUGCAGCAUACACUGUAUAUUACACACACUCUGCAGCACUUGUAAAACAGGUCAACAAUUAUAAACCACAGUGUCACUGUGUCAUUAUUUAUUGAAGAAACCACUGAUUGAAAGUUUUCCAAGCAAACAGCAAGAGAAUCAUCCACAGUGCCUCUCCUCCCGGACUGGAACAUCCUGUUUUCCCAUUUUACUGUUACUGGAAAUGCAAGUUAACUUUUAAUAUAUACAGCCAUUAUCAUUCUCAUGUGUAGCGUGACUACAAAAAAGGGACAAUUACUGUUUGUGAAAAAGAAAAACAGUUUCCUAUGUCAGUCAAAUUUUACUCCCCAGUAAAUCUGACCAAAAAGAAACACAACAAAUACAGUCAAAUAAACACAUAUGUGACAAUUUUGAAUUCCUUAGUUACAAGAAAUGUUCGUUUAGAUUUGAAAUAAUGAGUGUGUAAAAUUUUUAUGUGAAUU